AUGGAGUCACCUUAUUAUGAUCCAGAAAUUUGUAAGUUGCUGCGUAGUAAUGCUGAAAAAUAUGAGUUAGACAUUUCUCGGAGAGCAUUAACUAUUCUUCCAAGAGAUUUAUUCCAUGGCCUCGAGGAUCUUCAAGUUAAGAAAUUAAAUGGCAGCUUUAACAAUCUGACAACACUGCCAAAAGAUAUCUUCAAACCUCUGGAUGAUCUCCGUACGUUGAUAAUAGAGUCCAACAAACUAAAAUAUCUAGACUUGAGUAUUUUCUAUGACUUAUUACAACUCAAAAAACUUGAUCUCAGCAACAACAAACUUAUAACUUUAUCAAAAGAUAUAUUUAAUGGUCUACAAAAUCUAUAUGUCCUUCGUUUGAAUUCAAACGAACUGAGUUACCUUGAGCCAGGUAUUUUUGAUGAUUUAUUGAACCUAAAUAAUCUUGAUAUCAGUAGUAACAAUCUCACAACUUUAACAAAAAAUAUAUUCAGUAGUUUAAAAAAUCUUUGUUAUCUUAAUUUACUUUCAAACAAAUUGGACAAUCUUGAGUCAGAAUAUUUCAACGGUUUAACAGUACUUGGCGAGCUUAAUAUAAAAAACAACAGUCUGACAAUAUUAUCCAAAGGUGUAUUUGAUGGUCUUGAAAAUCUUCAGGAACUAGAUUUAAAUUCAAACAAAUUGCACAAUCUUGAGUCAGGUUGUUUCGAUGGUUUAUCACAUCUUGAAUCGCUCAGUGUCAAAAAUAAUAGUUUGACAACAUUAUUCAAAGAUGUAUUUUGUGGUCUUGAAAAUCUUAAGACACUACAUUUAGAAUCAAACAAACUACAAAAUCUCGAGUCAGGGUGUUUCGAUGGUUUAUCAAAACUUAAAGAGCUCGGUAUUGAAAACAACAAUCUGACAACAUUACCCAAAGGUGUAUUUGAUGGUCUUGAAAAUCUCGAGAAAAUGUAUUUGGAAUCAAAUAAACUAAAAAACCUUGAGUCAGGUUGUUUCGUUGGUUUAUCAAAACUUAAAGAGCUCGAAAUCGGAAAGAACAAUCUGACAACAUUACCCAAAGGUGUAUUUGAUGGUCUUGAAAAUCUUGAGAAAAUGGAUUUGGAAUCAAACAAACUACAAAAUCUCGAGUCAGGUUGUUUCGAUGGUUUAUCAAAAAUUAAACAGUUUGGUAUAGGAAACAACAAUCUGACAACAUUAUUUGAAGGUGUAUUUAUUGGUCUGGAAAAUCUUAAGACACUACAUUUGGAAUCAAACAAAUUACAAAUUCUUGAGUCAGGUUGCUUUAAUGGUUUAUCACGACUUGAGGAGCUCAAUAUAAACGACAACAGUCUGACAUCAUUAUCCAAAGGUGUAUUUAUUGGUCUUGAAAAUCUUGAGACACUAGAAUUGGAAUCAAACAAACUACAAAAUCUCGAGUCAGGGUGUUUCGAUGGUUUAUCAAACCUUAAACAGCUUGAAAUCGGAAACAACAAUCUGACAAUAUUAUAUAAAGGUGUAUUCAAUAGUCUUAAAAAUCUUGAGAUACUAAAAUUUAAAUUAAACAAACUACAAAAUCUCAAAUCAGGUUGUUUUGAUGGUUUAUCAAAAGUUAAGCGCCUCGAUAUCAGCAACAACAGCCUGACAACAUUAUCUCAAGGUGUAUUUGGUGGUCUUGAAAAUCUUAAGGUACUAAAUUUGGAAUCAAACAAAUUACAAAAUCUCGAGUCAGGUUGUUUUGAUGGUUUAUCAAAUCUUGAGAGGCUCAGUUUUAAAAACAACAGUCUGACAACAUUAUCCAAAGGUAUAUUCGUUGGUCUUGAAAAUCUUGAGACACUACAUUUGGAAUCAAACAAACUACAAAAUCUCGAGUCAGGUUGUUUUGAUGGUUUAUCAAAAGUUGAGCGACUUGAUAUAAGCAAGCACAGCCUGACAACAUUAUCUAAAGGUGUAUUUGGUGGUCUUGAAAAUCUUAAGGUACUAGAUUUGGAAUCAAACAAACUACAAAAUCUCGAGUCAGGUUUUUUCGAUGGUUUAUCACAUCUUGAAUGGCUCAAAGUCAGAAAUAAUAGUCUGACAACAUUAUUCAAAGAUGUAUUUUGUGGUCUUGAAAAUCUUGUGAUACUAGAUUUAGGAUCAAACAAACUACAAAAUCUCGAGUCAGGUUGUUUCCAUGGUCUAACAAAACUUGAGGUGCUUGGUAUCAGCAACAACAAUCUGACAACAUUACCGAAAGGUGUAUUUGAUGGUCUUGAAAAUCUUAAGGUACUAGAUUUGAGAUCAAACAAACUACAAAACCUCGAGUCAGGUUGUUUCGUUGGUUUAUCACAUCUUGAAUGGCUCCGUGUUCAAAAUAACAGUCUGACAACAUUAUCCAAAGAUGUAUUUUGUGGUCUUGAAAAUCUUAAGACACUACAUUCAGAAUCAAACAAACUGCAAAAUCUUGAGUCAGGUUGUUUCGAUGGUUUAUCACAACUUCAGGAAUUUAAUCUUAGCACCAACAAACUGAAAACUUUAUCAAAAGAUAUUUUUAAUGGCUUACAAAGUCUCCGUUAUCUAAAUUUAAAUUCGAAUGGACUACAAAACCUUGAGCUUGGUAUUUUUAAUGAUUUAUCACAGCUUAAGACACUUCAUAUCAUUAUGGAUACAAAUAUGUCAACAGCUUCAACUAUUAAAAGUCAUAAUAAAUACUUUUGUAAUCAAGAGUCACCUUAUUAUAAUCAAGAAAUUUGUGAGUUGCUGUGUAAUAAUGCUGAAAAACAUGGAAUAGACAUUAGUGAUAAAGAAUUAACUAUUCUUCCAAGAGAUUUAUUCCAUGGUCUCAAGGAUCUUCAACUUGAGGAUUUAAAUAUAAGUGGUAACAAGCUGUCGACACUACCAAAAGAUAUCUUCAAACCUCUGGAUGAUCUUCGUACGUUGAUAAUGAAGUCUAACAGACUAGAAUAUCUAGAGCCAAGUAUUUUUUAUGAUUUAUUACAACUCAAAGAACUUGAUCUCAGCGACAACAAACUGACAGCAUUAUCAAAAAAUAUAUUUAAUGGUCUACAAGAUCUAUGUCGUCUACAUUUAAAUUCAAACCAACUGAGUUACCUUGAGCAAGGUAUUUUUGAUGAUUUAUUGAGCCUGAAUUAUCUUGAUAUCAGUAGUAACAAUUUUACAGCUUUAUCGAAAAAUAUAUUUAAGAAUUUGAAAGAGCUUCGUCAUCUUAAUUUACAUUCAAACGAAUUGAACAAUCUUGAGUCAGAGUGUUUCGAUGGUUUAUCACAUCUUGAAUGGCUCAUUGUCAAAAAUAACAGUCUGACAACAUUAUCCAAAGAUGUAUUUUGUGGUCUUGAAAAUCUUAAGAUACUAGAUUUAGGAUCAAACAAACUGCAAAAUCUUGAGGCAGGUUGUUUCGUUGGUUUAUCACAACUUGAAUGGCUUAGUGUCAAAAAUAAUAGUCUGACAACAUUAUCCAAAGGUGUAUUUGAUGGUCUUGAAAAUCUUGAGAAAAUGGAUUUGGAAUCAAACAAACUACAAAAUCUCGAGUCAGGGUGUUUCGAUGGUUUAUCAAAACUCAAACAGCUUGGUAUCGGAUACAACAAUCUGACAACAUUAUCCAAAGAUGUAUUUUGUGGUCUUGAAAAUCUUAAGAUACUAGAUUUAGGAUCAAACAAACUACAAAAUCUUGAGUCAGGUUGUUUCAAUGGUCUAACGAAACUCGAGCUGCUCAGUAUUAAAAACAACAAUCUGACUACAUUACCCAAAGGUGUAUUUGAUGGUCUUGAAAAUCUUGAGAAAAUGGAUUUGGAAUCAAACAAACUACAAAAUCUCGAGUCAGGGUGUUUCGAUGAUUUAUCAAAACUUAAACAGCUUAGUAUCGGAAACAACAAUUUGACAAUAUUAUUUAAAGGUGUAUUUAUUUGUCUUAGAAAUCUUAAGAUACUAGAUUUAGGAUCAAACAAACUACAAAAUCUCGAGUCGGAUUGUUUCGAUGGUCUAACAAAACUUGAGCUGCUUAGUAUCAAAAACAACAAUCUGACUACAUUACCCAAAGGUGUAUUUGAUGGUCUUGAAAAUCUUGAGAAAAUGGAUUUGGAAUCAAACAAACUACAAAAUCUCGAGUCAGGGUGUUUCGAUGGUUUAUCAAAACUUAAACAGCUUGGUAUCAGAAACAACAAUCUGACAAUAUUAUUUAAAGGUGUAUUUAUUUGUCUUGGAAAUCUUCAAAUACUAGAUUUGGGAUCAAACAAACUACAAAAUCUCGAGUCAGGUUGUUUCGAUGGUUUAUCACAUCUUGAAUGGCUCAGUGUCAAAAAUAACAGUCUGACAACGUUAUCCAAAGGUGUAUUCAAUGGUCUUGAAAAUCUUAAGAUACUAGAUUUGAUAUCAAACAAACUAAGCAAUCUCAAGUCAGGUUGUUUCGAUGGUCUAACAAAACUUGACAUGCUUAGUAUCAAUGACAACAAUCUGACAACAUUACCCAAAGGUGUAUUUGAUGGUCUUGAAAAUCUUGAGAAAAUAGGUUUGGAAUCAAACAAACUACAAAAUCUUGAGUCAGGUUGUUUCGAUGGUUUAUCACAUCUUGAAUGGCUCAGUGUCAAAAAUAACAGUCUGACAACAUUAUCCAAAGGUGUAUUUAAUGGUCUUGAAAAUCUUAAGAUACUAGAUUUGAUAUCAAAUAAACUAGACAAUCUUGAGUCAGGUUGUUUGAAUGGUUUAUUAAAACUUAAGCUGCUUGGUAUCAAAAACAACAAUCUGACAACAUUACCCAAAGGUGUAUUUGAUGGUCUUGAAAAUCUUGAGAAAAUAGAUUCAGGAUCAAACAAACUACAAAAUCUCGAGUCAGGUUGUUUCGAUGGUCUAAAAAAACUUGACAUGCUUAGUGUCAAUGACAACAAUUUGACAACAUUACCCAAAGGUGUAUUUGAUGGUCUGGAAAAUCUUGAGAAAAUAGGUUUGGAAUCAAACCAACUACAAAAUCUCGAGUCAGGUUGUUUUGAUGGUUUAUCACAUCUUAAAUGGCUCAGUGUCAAAAAUAACAGUCUGACAACAUUAUCCAAAGAUGUAUUUUGUGGUCUUGAAAAUCUUAAGAUACUAGAUUUAGGAUCAAACAAACUGCAAAAUCUUGAGGCAGGUUGUUUUGUUGGUUUAUCACAACUUCAGGAAUUUUACCUUAGCAGCAACAAACUUAAAACUUUAUCAAAAGAUAUCUUCAAUGGCUUACAAAGUCUCCGUAUUCUAAAUUUAAAUUCGAACGGACUACAAAACCUUGAGAUUGGUAUUUUUAAUGGUUUAUCACAACUUGAGGAACUUGAUCUCAGUGAAAAUGAAUUGACCAAUCUCCCAAAGGAUAUAUUUAAUGGUCUCUCAAAUUCUUUAUCAUCUCGAUUAAGAUCUGAAUUAGCUUCAAUUUUAUCAAAUGAUAUAUAUUCAUAA